AUGGACAUCUCCUCAGCCCUAUCCACCGCCGCCUCCUCUCCGCAAGCCGCCCGCCCCACCGCAUACCUCUCCCUCCUCGCCUCCAUUCUCUCGGACCACCCCCACGACUCGGCAUCCUACAUUGCAUUUGCCGAACACUUUACCGGCGGAAAUAAUAUCACUUCCGCCCUCGGUCGUCGCGUCCUGGGCGCAUUCCUCGUGGCGGUGACGGCGGGGACGACACUGGAGCUGAAGGGGACGGCGACAAUACCGCUGGACGAAGAGGGAGAGGGGGACAAGGCCAAGUGGGAGGAGCUGGGAAAGCAGGCGUUCCAGGGGGAGAAGGGUGAGGAAGCCAGGCGGGAUGUGGUGGAGGGGAUAUUGCAGGGCGGGAACCUUGGGGGAAGUGAUGAGCAGGUGGCCGUUCUGAGGCAUCUCAACUCGCAUCUCCUCACGCUCGAGGAAGACUAUGAAGGGGCCGCCCGCGCGCUCAUGGCCAUCCAGGUCGACAGUGGUUCCCGCAUGGUAUCGGAGAACGACAAGCUCCAGCUAUGGAUGUCCAUCGUUCGCCUCUUCCUCGAGUGCGGUGAAUGGGGUAUGGCCUUGACAUACUACAACAGGGCUACCAACCUGCCUCCUCCCCAGGACAAAGAGACCCGUCUCGCUAUGCGCUUCGCAGCUGCCAAACUAUCCGACUUUUCCAACGAAUUCGACAAAGCCGCCCAGGCAUACCACACCCUCUCCCUCGAACCCUCCAUCGACCCCACAGACCGUCUCCAGAUCCUCUCCGCCUCCGUCACCACCGCCAUCCUCGCCCCCUCCGGCCCACGCCGAUCCCGCAUACUCGCCUCCCUCAACAGGGACGACCGCGUGCACCAAGAGCUGCCGGGCAGGCUGGGUCGGAUGUUGAAGAAGAUGCUGGAAGGGUGGAUCGUAAGGGCGGAGGAGGUGCGAGAGUUUGAGAGCGGGCUGGAGGGGCAUCAGAGGGCGACUGUGGAAGGUGGCGGGACGGUCCUUGAGCGAGCGAUUAGGGAGCACAAUAUCGGUGCUUGUGCCAAGGUGUACGACAAUAUUUCAUUCGGUUCCCUGGGCUCCAUCCUCUCCCUCCCCCCCUCCACAGCCGAACGCACCGCCCGCCUCAUGAUCCAACAAUCCCGUCUCCCCGGCUGGAUCGACCAGCCCAACAACCUCCUCUUCUUCCACCCUCCCCCAACCCACCAGGCCCUCGAUGCAGAGCAAGGAGGCACGGCCGGAGGGCUGAAUGUGGUGAAAGCGGAGAAGGAGGUGGAGAAGGUUGGGUGGGGGGAGAGGUGGGAUGAGAGGGUUGGGGAGGUUUGUAGGAGGGUGGAGGGGUUGGCGGAGGAGGUGGUGGGGAAGGGGUUGGUCGUUGUUUAG